UUUCAUACUAUCUCGUCCUCGUCCUUCCUCACGCGACCUCCCACACGACACCUGGUUUUUGGAUAUCAACCAGCAUUGCGGAUCCACAUUGCUGCCGAGCUCUCUUGCAGCUACACGAUUUUCUGGAUUUUUGUUCUCGUGUCGGGGCUACCAUACUCCCGCGCACCCGUGUGCAGCGCGAUUGGAGACGCGUUCGUUCAAUCGUCCAUGUUCAACGACAUCACCAAUAAUCUAUGCUAAAUUGGCGCAUUUCUUCCAUUCCCUAGAGGACCAUGGUGCUGUUCAAGCGGAAGCCCGUCCAAUACCUUCCCCGACCCGUUAUUGAAGAUGACAGUUCCGAGGUCUGGGUCAUCCCGGAGACCAACGAAGUCUUUACUCAGUAUGAGCCGUAUCUUCAGCGAAUGGACUUCUACAAACAGAGAAGAUUUAUCUGCGAGAUUACAGGCCAUUCAGGCUUGACAUUCUUCGAAGCGCUUAGGUCGGAACUGGAGGAAUCGCGGGAAGUUAAUAACACAUUCCCUGACGCUUUGAAGGAGCCCAUCUUGCGAAGGAUUCAAUUCUCCACUGUAUCGCGGGUCGACAACCUUGUGGAUGAGAUUUAUGAAGAGUAUAAGCAGGACUUUUACCCUGGCGAACCGGUAUUGAUAUUGCUGGAUGAUAACACACGUUUACAUGGUAUGAUCAGAGACAAAGCCAAUUUCGCAGAACAACUGCAUCCGGACGGCACCGUUAAAGCACCAGCGUACGCGACAUAUCUCGUAAAAGUGCUAGAUCGUCCGAAUGAGGAAGCUCUAUUGGACCAAGAGCACAUUACUCGAGAUCGGAAGACUUUCACGAAACAGAUGUUGCGUGCUUUUAUCAAGAACAAUGUAACGCGGGAGUCAUGGAACGGCGCUCCCUGGUUAGUGAAACCAUCAAUUGCGGAAGAAUACAGAAUUCCCACGGAGGUACCGAAACACCUGCAAUACGGAGCUAAGGUCGCAGAAAAGAAGGCGAUGAAGAAGGCUGACCAAGAGGGUUUCUUCGGGUUUUUCGCAUCACAGCAACUACCUGAAUUAAAACCUGCCGUGAAGGGCCAAAAGUCCAAACUUUCCCAACAGGAUUUGGCGCGGUCCAAGGAGGCGCAGUUCCUUGAAUAUCAAAGGUCUCUCAAUGGCAACCCGACUUUUGUUGUCAGCAACAAAACCUCGGGAGCCGCUCGUUCGUCCAAAUCUCAGGAUACCGAAAAGAAAUCGCAGACUGCUACUGCAGUGGUCGUCAAGACUGAAACCCCUAGACCACCAUCCCCUCCUCCGAUCAAAUAUCCUAUCGAGGAUCUAGAUAUCGCACCGGACCGCGAAAAGAAAAAGCAAAGGCCAGCUCUGAAGUUCUUGAAAGUCGACGAGACAGACGGUCCUGAUGAUGAAGACUUGCUGCAUGACGACAUCGACAUGAAGUCAGUUGGAUUGCUUCUUGAGACGUGGAAUACUCUCAACGUGUACUGUGAAGUUUUUCAGUUGGACUCGUUUACCUUCGACGAUUUUCUCCAGGCCAUGCGCUUUUCAUCUGAGGAAGUAGACUGCGAACUGCUCGUUGAGGUACAUUGUGCUGUUUUGAAGAAGCUGGUAAAUUCCGAGAAGGAUGAAAAUGGUGCUGUGCAGAUAUCGCUCCCCGACCUUCCAGCAGAUGACUCCGAAUCCGACGAAGAGGAUCAAGAAGAGGAAGUCGAAGAAACUCCCGAGCCCGAACCGGUGGUGACUAGAAUGACUACUCGGAGUAGCCUGGCCAAGGCAGAAGCGGAAAACCUGAAGGCACAGGCAAACCGCAGCCGCUCUAAUUCAGUGGAGGUCAAAAUUCAUCGGGCUGCCGAGAUGUUUGGAGAUUAUGGUUGGAUAGAUCGUCUCCGGAAGCGAGACUUCCGCAACGGUGGUUGGGAGUUGGUCAUGGUAGGGCUACUGCACCAACUAUCCGCUCGCCCACGGAUGGAGAAGGUCUGUAAUGAUAUACUCAAGCAUUUAGCUCCUCUUGAUGCGGAGCCGACCCAAGAUACUGUCCAGCGCCAGUAUGCUACCCUCGAUAUUAACCUGCGCGUUGAAGCCCUUCAAAUCAUAUGCAUGCUCAGCCUGGAGACCAAAGCCAUUCGAAAUUAUCUAGAGGAAUGUAGUAACCAAAUGACCGAGUUCCGCAAAGAGAAGAUCGAAUAUCAGAAGGCUCGUAAAGCAGGGCUCGAAGAACUUCGACGGUUACACCAAGAACGGAAAGCACUCCAGCCUGAGCCAGAAAAGUCCCCCUCUCCAGCGCCAGAAAUGGAAGCACUGGAAGACUCCAAGAUGACCGGAGUUGACGGAGAGUCUGAUCAAGUCGCGGAUUCCGAAGAGGAAGAGGAAGUUCCCCAACGGUCGCUGCGCGGAGGAUUGGAUAGGGUUCUUGAGAGGAAACGGAAGCACGAAGAAGAGCAGAAACGAAAGGAACAGUUGGCGAAACAGCCGAAGGGCACGAAGCAGUAUCAGAGGGUGCUGAAAAAGAUCGAUGACCAAAAAGCGAACAUCGAAAAGCUCGAAGAGAAGAUCGACGUGGUGGACAACGAUUUAAGAGAAGCCGAUUGCCCACGUACCAGAUGUCUUGGAAAGGACAGGUUUUGUAACCGAUAUUGGUGGUUCGAGCGAAACGCAAUGCCAUACGGGGGGAUGCCGAACAGUUCAACGGCAGAGGCACAAUUUGCCAAUGGCCGCUUAUGGGUUCAAGGCCCUGACGAAAUGGAGCGUGUAGGGUUCAUUGACGUGCCUGAAGAUCAGAAGAAGCAAUACCAGAAAGAAUUCCAUAUGACUCCAGCGGAUCGCAAGAAGGCCGAAGAAGGACCGACCAGACUCUCGAACGCGGAUGAAUGGGGCUACUAUGAUGACCCUGAUGCUUUGGACAAACUAAUCGAUUGGCUUGACUCACGGGGCAAUCGAGAGUUGAGAUUACGCAAAGAGCUGUUGCUUCAGCGUGACAACAUUGUCAAGUACAUGAAGUUCCGUACGGAAUAUCUUGCGCAGACGGCCGAAAGGGCUGAGUCGGAGGAGAUACCCACGAAGCGGAUGACGACCAGAAACAAGACCUACGUGGACGACCACAAGCACCGUUGCCUGAGCUGGCAUAACACGACGGCUAUGUCUGAGAACGGACAUCUUCAUAUAGAUGCUUCGCGACCAACCAAGCGAGCCAAGAGGGCCACUGACGACCCCAAGGAGAUCAAGGCAGUUAAUCGCCAGGGCAAACCCUUGACAAGGCAAGGCUCACGUUACCACUUCUAGAACUUCCGUUUUUGACUCGGUCGGCGUUUUUAUGGGACCUUUUAUGGGGUUUAAGGAUACAUUUGGGGGAGCGGCAAGCAAAUAAAAAGGUCUUUUCACUGGUAUACACGAGCAACGAGACCAUGAAAGUUUGGAUCGCAACACAUAUCUUUUAUGUACAAAGUGAGGAUAUAUUGCAUCGGGGAGCUGAGGAAAGUUUAGUUGGUAGACGUUUGUAUAUAGAUCAACUCUCUAGUAGCUUUUCAGCUGACGGGAGGGAAAACUUGUUGCACUGCAGAUGAAGCAUCAGGACAUAGAGACAUAAUAGAGCACCAUCAAUGAGAACAUAACUGGUUUUCCAAGCACCAUUUGG